GAGACACGUCGCCAUCGUCGUCGUCUUCCACCCGCUGCUCGUUUCCUCGUCGCGUCGCGCGGGAGAUCUCUCUCUCUCCCUCCCUUCCAUUAAGGUAAUCAAUCAACCAUGGCGCCCUCCCGCCCGCUCAUGCGCGGGAUCCGCCCGCCGCGCGUCUUCCCCACCCGCGGCGGCCGCACCUCGCCCUUGGCCCUCGCCCUCGCCGCCCUCCUCCUCGCCUCCGCCUUGCUCCUCGCCCUCAUCGCCUUCGGCGUCUUCUCCCUCCCGGUCUCCGCCCCCAACGCCGCCACCACCGACUCCGCCGCCGCCGGGGGAGACGCCGAGCCCGCCGAUCCACGGCCCCCGCGCACCCGCGCCCGCCGCGACCUUAGCGAGGGCCUUGGGGAACGAGGAGCACAAUGGACGGAAGUCAUAUCAUGGGAGCCCAGGGCUUUCGUCUAUCACAAUUUCCUGUCCAAGGAAGAGUGUGAUUACUUGAUUGGAUUGGCCAAGCCUCACAUGGUCAAAUCCACGGUUGUUGAUAGCACUACUGGUAAAAGCAAGGACAGCAGGGUACGCACAAGUUCAGGCAUGUUUCUCCAAAGGGGACGAGACAAGGUUAUUCGGGCCAUUGAAAAGAGGAUAGCAGACUACACUUUCAUUCCUAUGGAACAUGGAGAGGGACUCCAAGUUCUGCACUAUGAAGUCGGGCAGAAGUACGAGCCUCACUUUGACUAUUUUCUUGAUGAGUACAACACCAAGAAUGGUGGUCAGAGAAUGGCUACUCUUCUGAUGUAUCUAUCUGAUGUUGAAGAAGGGGGUGAGACUAUUUUCCCUGAUGCAAAUGUGAACAGCAGUUCAUUACCAUGGUAUAAUGAACUUUCAGAGUGUGCCAGAAAGGGCCUUGCUGUCAAACCAAAGAUGGGAGAUGCGCUUCUUUUUUGGAGCAUGAAACCAGAUGCCACUCUAGACCCUUUAAGUUUGCAUGGGGGUUGUCCUGUCAUCAAAGGAAACAAAUGGUCAUCAACCAAGUGGAUGCAUGUCCGUGAGUACAAAGCUUGAGCUUUCUGAAGUCGUGAUUACCAAAGAUGGACCCUAUAUAAAGCAUUGACUGGGGCACUUUCCAGGAUGGCAGUUAUGUAGGCUUUAGAGAUCCACACCGGUGGUAUUCUUUGCUCUCUGAGAAUAUAUAGUAGAGGCACUAAGCAAGGGGGUUUACUUGUCCAUACCGUGUUUUUGGAGAUGGUCUUGUUGAACCUGGCGCCUUUUCUUCUUUAUUUUUUCUGGCAGACUACAGAGGAAUGAAUGGUCCAUUGUUGGGGACAUAGGGUGUGGCGUUUGAUUUAGUUUGUUUUGUGGUGUAUUGCUAUCUGCUAAUGUUAGUAGCUUAAUUAUGUACACUGUUGAGCUAAGUUGUCAUUACUAUAGAGCUCUCUCCUAUACAUGAGGGGAGGUGACAUGAUUUUGGUGUGCCUUUUUCUGUCGGUGGUGGUGCUGCUGGGUUGUGGUCAUACAAUCCAGGUGCAGACAUGAUGUAUUGUUUGCGAAUUUAUUAUAUUUUUUCAGUCUAA